AUGGGCUCGACUUUCGCAAAGCACUGCACGUCCUCAAUCACGCAGCUUUUGAAAAUUCGGACAUCUUCGAGCAUCCAAUCCCAAGCUUGCGGCGCGCGCAUACACUCGUCAUCCCGUUCGGCCGAGCGUUACGUAUCACGCCUCUCGAGGGCAUUGGCAGAUCUCACGCAGCACCUUCAAAGCAACGGCUCGACGGCCCAAGAAGCGCAUGAAGAAGCUAAACAACUGUUCAAGUGGGUCCGCUCGGAGCAUCAUCAAAGGAACCUCGCUCCUCGAGAUAACUACAGGACAACGCUGAGAGCGCUGCACAGGCUCAAGAAUGGCGAACCGAUCGCCUAUGUGCUUGGUAAUGCUCCUUUCGGAGCUAUAAAAGUGGAGUGCAAGGCACCGGUUUUGAUUCCGAGACACGAGACGGAAGAGUGGACGUUGAGACUUGGCGACUUGCUCAAGGCACACGUCAAGGACCACCGUCGUGUUUUCGACAUGAGCCUCUUGGAUCUCUGUACCGGAACCGGGUGAGUGCAGCAAGCGAAGCACUAUUGUAGGAGCGCAAUCCAGCCGUUGGGCAGGUCAGCUCGAGCGCUGAUACUCUGGAAUUCUUCGUUCUUUAGCUGCAUCGCCUUGCUGCUCGCCGACAUCUUCUUCAAGCUGCGCAACGACAACAAGAUCCUGCUCGAAGCGCACAUUCGAGCGGUAGACGUCGCUCCCCAAGCAGUGGCUUUGGCUGAGCGAAAUGCAAAUCGCUGCAAGUCCGACUGGCACGAAUGCGUAGACCUCCAAAUCCUAAAGGGCGACCUUUUCGUGGAUGACGACGUGGACAAAGUCUGCCAUUCUCUUCCAGCGCAGCACAUCCAGGGCUUCGAUCUGCUCGUUUGCAACCCGCCUUACAUUUCUGCAAGUGAUUGGAAAGAGCUAGAUGCUAGCGUCAAGAAUUGGGAAGACCGAUUGGCGUUGGUAGGGGACUAUCCUAACCAGCGUCUUCCAGCACACGCAAUGCCCGAGCCUCACAUCCGUUCAGGUCUAAUCUUCUACAAACGUCUUGCGCAGCUCAUCUCUUCUGGCAGGCUUGUGCGACCGCCGCGCGACCGGCAAAGCCCCUUGCCCAGUUUUGUUUUGGAAGUCGGGCACGAUCAGGCUUCUGCCGUCGUGGAGCUCUUUGCUGGUUGUACGCGCAGCCUUCAAGUGUGGAGAGACGCUUUUGGAAAAGAUCGAGCCGUUGUUGGUUGGCUUAAUUAG